UUAAGCUUAAGCAAUCAUUUUUAAGCGUAAUUUUACCUCAUUUUAAAGAAAUUAUAUCACUCUUUAUUGGCAAGCGCCCUACCUCACGAAAGAACACUUUUUCGGUUCGAUAAGAAUGAGAUUAUUGCGUAGUAUGAUUCUUCUUAUUCCUAUUUUCGUUCUCGCUUCUGUAAGAAUUUAAUUAAUUAAUUAACAUCCAAUAAUUAAGUCCUAUCGAUUUGCCUUAAUACGUUUCUUUUUCUCUCUAGAGUUGCCGCAAGGCAACUCCUAGUUUGGAUUGUCCGGCGGUACGGUGAUCAAUUUGAUGAAGAGUGGUGUUUCGAGCUCGUUUGCAGUCCUAUCAUGGUUGAUGAAGAAGCCGAAGUUGCAAUUUCCUUAAGUAUGUUUUCAAGCCGGAGUAUGGUUUCGAUUCAGCAACAAGGGAUGUCAAAAGAGGAUAUCGUCAUUCAAUACAAAAUCAUGACUAUUGAGGCAGAUGAGUGGUGGGCGCGUCCCCCUCCUGAGCCGUCGCCAUGGAGUGCAAGUAAGGCUAGGGUUUGGAAGAAGAUGUGUACUCUGUUUUAAUUCCGUUUUAUUCUGUUUGCGUUUUUCUUUCGAAUUGCAUGUUGUUUUGGACGUGUUCUUAUUUCCUAGUAAAGAGAUUCUAGUUUAUAAGUCAAGUGAUGAGAAGUCUGUUUUGCUAGUCAUUGGCUCAGUUAAGCUCAUUUCAGGAUCAACGAAUAGUAUUGCUUCUACAGAGGUGAUAUAUUCUAAGUCUGGUUCGAGGGCGGACGGCAGGCAUAAAACUUUUUAUCAUUUUGUUUACUUUUUUCCUUGGAUUGUUAUUUUGAUUUAUUAUAUUCGUUGGAUUUAAGGAUAAAAUAAACAUCCAACAAUCAAGUCAGGGAACUUUAUCUAUACGAGUCAAAAUAGGAAUACAACUAGGAAUUGACAUACUACUAAGUUCUAAGAAGCUCAGAGAAAUAAUUGAACAAUCAGCUCAAAAUUAGAAAACUGGGUACGUGGGUAACAACGUUUUAUAUACAAGUAUCACACUAUCAACUAAUGUUCU